AUCCCAUGGGCGACGCCAAAGCGACGUCGUUUUACCUCCCUCCCGGUUGCCGAUUUUACCCCUCGGAGGAGCAGCUCCUCUGCUACUACCUCUCCCGCAAGAACACCGCCGCCGCCGCCUCUGACGGCAUCUCCGGCGACGAGGACAACGGCUACGAUUUGAUCAAAGAGCUCGACUUGUACGGCCAUGACCCGUUUGAUUUGCCGGACUACGCCUGCUACCCGUACGGCCGCGGUGGCCGGAAGCGGCACUGGUACUGCUACACGGUUAGGGUCUUGAAGGAGCGGCGGGCGAAGAGCGGGUAUUGGAGGAGGAAAGGGAGGGUUAGGGACGUCGUCGGCGGCGGAGGGAAGGCGGUGCUGGGGCGGAGGAGUAGCUUUGUCUUUUAUUUGGGGAAUUCGCCCAAGACGGCUGUGAGGACUGACUGGGUGCUCUAUCAGUACGCUCAGGUUGAUCAUCUUCAGGCCUCUUUUGUCCUGUGCCGAGUAUUUGUGAGAUCUCAGGGUGGAACUAGCAUAUCAGAGAAUGGCUUAAGUUCAUGCGCUGAAGAAACUGUUUCCACAGUACGUCACAUUGGAAUUCAGCAUGAUGGAUUUAAUACUCCUCAUAUUGUUCCUGAGAUUCACGUUGACAAAUCUGUGCCUAGGAACACUGACAAGUCAAACGAUCAAAUGAGACUGGAGACUGAGGUAGAUAAGCAAGUCGAGACUGGGCAUCUAUUUCAAACUAAUGAUCAGGUGCCGUCAUUUAUGGUCGGUGUUAAUAAUCCAGUAUUGCUUGAUGGUUUGUCUUCUGAGCAUCUGAUGUCCCUUAUUGAGGGAGACUUUAUAGAGUUGGAUGAUCUCAUCGACUGAUUAGUAUCUUAAAACAAUUGGAUAUGUCUUAUUAGACUGUGAUCAAAGAUUAGCUCUCAAAGUGGUGAAGGUUUACCUUAAUUUUCAGAGUAAAAUAGCAGCUGAAGCAAUUAAUCUGAGGUGUUACAUUUCAAGUUGUACAAUUGUUCUGAUACUGUAAAUACACAAGGAUGAGAAGAGAACCCUAAGAUCAUUAACUUAAUGGUUGUAAAGUUCAGAGGCAGGAUCUCCACCUGUAAAGAUUUGCUUACGCCUCAAAGGGGUGGUUUUCACUGGGACAAGAAAAGACUUUCUGAUGAUGAUAGACCUGAUUUAAACAAUAUUAGUAUCGGCUGUCUCACUGAGGAACACAAUACUGCUGCCUUCUAUGUCUAUGAUAUGCAAAACAUUACACUUACGGAAACAUUUAAGUUUUCCAUCACCUCUAUAGUGCCUUCCCUUGAUGAAGGUUGUCUGAUUCUGUUUCCCUUCUGUUUGUUACUGCAGAAAUUGAUAGAACUAUUAUCAAUUUUGGGUUUAAGGAAUUUUCAGUUCCUGGUGGCAUUCAGUUAAAAAAUUGUACUUUUGUUAUGCUA